AUACACGUUGCCAACCAUUUCGAAUGGCAUCGCACGCAGCAAUAGUGGCUGUCAAUAUAUCGCACGAAAAAAAUACCGCACAAAAAAUACCAAGCACAGACUAGCAGCGCAAUCAACACACAAAGCAACCAAAAAGGCCGCCGUCGCCAAUUGGAAUAGCAGCAGCAGCAGCAGCAACAGUAGAAAAAGCACGAUGCCGCAAUACGUACCAAUACAGGGCUUUAAACAGCUGGAGGAUGCGCUGAAAGUGCACGCUAAGAACAAUUGCCUCAUCUAUAUGUAUUUCUUUGGGGAGAAGGAUAGCAAGGGUCGCAGCUGGUGUCCCGACUGUGUGGCGGUUGAGGAGCUUGUGGAAACAGCGCUUCGUGAAAAUGCCCAUCCCAAUGCGCUGAUAUACACCGUCGACGUGGGAAAUCGCGACGCCUGGAAGGAUCGCAGCGACAACAACAAAUUCCGUAUGCCGCCCUACUCGCUCAGCGUGAUACCCUCGCUGUUGCGCUGGAACAGUGUCGAGCGUUUGGAGGGCGAUCAGCUGUUGAAGCCCGCCCUGCUGGAGCUGUUCUUUAACGAGGCCAAGUCGCAGGGCGCCGCCGAGAAGACGGUACCAUGCAAAUAGUCUGAUAAGCGCAUUUCUGUAAUUAACUGCUUGCUAGAGGUGUGCAUGCGAGCGUGUGUGUGUGUGUGCGAGAGAGUCUGCAUCUGUGUGUGUGUGUGUGUGUGUGUGUGUGUGCGGUGAGAGAGAGAGAGAGAGAGCGCAAUAAACACGCUGUUGAGUUAAACUCAACAGCAAAAUCAAAAACUCAA